CACUUGACAUUAGGCAUCGUGUAGAUGCGCCCCAAAUCAAAACGUGCCACAAAAACCGUUGUGCCUGCGCAAUAAACAAAACUUUUUCGCUGAGUUGUGCUUGGGAAUUGUUUAAAGAACGAGCUAAUUGUUUAGUUCCUAUAACGUAAAUACCGCGUAUCAUAUUGCAUAGCUGGAAAAGUUCCAUUUCGCGAGCGACAGUAGGCAGUGAAAUUAGUAUAAAAUCGAAUUUGUGAUUGACAAUUUCGGGAAUUUCGGUCACGUGUAAAGUUUCGGUUUUUUCUUCAAGGAAUUUUGACAUUGCAGAGACGUGGAGUGCAGCAACAAUGAUGCCACGGCACUUGGUCCAAUGGCGCAUAUAUGUCUACGCCAAUUCGCUAUAUUCUCUGCCGGAUCGCGAAACACGCGACUUUCGCGGCUGGUCCCCUGAAUAUUUCCGUCUCAAUCCCUUCGAGAUUCAUAGGGUAAUGAUGUGGGUGAACCGCGAUGUAUCGGUGCUGAUCAGGACCAGGAAGGCGGAUAUUUUCUAUCUGUACGAGACCAUCAAGAAUCUGCUUCCUCGUCUCUACUUGGACAGCGAGGAGUUCCGAAAGCCCAUGACCCACUUUUUUGGUGCCAAUACGGACCUGUUCAUCCACGAACUGAUCAACUUUGCCCGUUCCCCGUACGACACCCUAAUGGCCUACGAGUGCAGCACCCAGUACCGUGCCUUGAUGGAUUUUGAUAAUGGUCCCAGUACCUCUGCGAAGUCCAAGGAUCACGAGUUUUUGUCCUCGAAACUGCACAGCUUUGUAGACUUUACGCGCCGCAUCAACUACGACGAUUGCGGUGGCUUUGAGGCGGAUCUGGAGCUGGAGGAUGAGGAUUUCGGCGAACUAGACGAUAUGAUGAUGGAGCGCUUUGGUGCUCCAUUCUUGAUGAAGAUGGACGGAAAGCUGGUGACAGCCCGAAUCAUACCAAGCUCACAAGCUAAUGCAUCUAACCAGGGUCAGGUGAAUCAACAAACUCAAUCCCAGGCCCAGGCUCAGGCCCAGGCCCAGGCCCAGGCUCAGGUCCAGGCCCAGGCCCAGGCCCAAGCCCAGGCCCAGGCUCAGGUCCAGGCCCAGGCUCAGGUCCAGGUCCAGGCCCAGGCUCAGGCUCAGGUCCAGCAGUCAUCAGCUCAGUCUGCCCAGCUACUCCUCCCUGAGCUAACGCAGGCGGUGAUGCAGGCUCAGCAACGACCGGUUCACCAAUCCCAGCAGUCGGGACAGCAAUCAGGACCUCUACAUGCCGCAGUGUCCGCCGCCUUGGUUGCGCCUCUGGAGGAUCUGGAACUCGGGUUCGCCAUCGAGCGCAGCAUGUUCGUCGGAGCCUCAUACGACGAUCUCGCUCGAGGAGGCGAGUUCGUCCUGCCAAACGGACAGGUGUUGCGCUUUGGCAACGCUAGCCGUUCUGUGCGCCCUCCCAACGGGAAUGGAUCCGGCUCCGGUGUCAUGAAUCCACCACCACCACCACCCGUGCCGAAUAAUCCGCGAAGUGCGUCCGUACGGCAGGGCCGCCGCCGCCGCACGCAAAACCAACGCUAGGAGGGAUCCCUAAUUACAAUAUCCUGUUGCAACAUUUUCAACUCAUGUAUAAUACAAUCGAGUGCGCCGAGGUAUUUGUCAAUGCCUCUCGCAGCACAGACAGCAAUAAAGAAAAGGGUUUAAAGGGCAUUAAAAAUUGAUAACG